AUGCAAUCAUCAUUGAUUAUAUCAAAAUCUCAACCAUCUCUUUUAUUAUCAACUACAAGUCAAGAAAAUUUAACAUCAUCUUCGAUAUUAUCUUCAAACGAUACUAAUACUACUCAUAUUGCUAAGAAAGAUACUCAUUAUGAUCAAUUAAAAGAAAUCAAUAAGAACAAUGUGAAAUUACGACGAAAAUCAUUGAAUAGAUCAUCAUUAUUAUUAUUACCAUCAUCAUCAUUAUCUGAUCAUUCAUAUUAUAUGCAUAAAAUUAAUCAACGUAAUAAAAAUCAAUUAUCACGUUAUUUCAGCAGAUCAUCUUCAACAUCAUCACCAUCACCGUCACCAUCAUCAUUAUCAUCAUUCAAUAGAGUAAAGCAUAUAAAUCCUACAUUGAAUUGGUAUUCAUUAGGUUUAAGAUUAAAACAAAGAAAUCGUUAUCUCAAUGAUAUACAAACUAAAACUACUAAAUUAUUAAAUUCAUCGUAUGAUAAUGAUGAUAAUAAUGAUAAUGGUAAUGAAUUUUUUAUUCAGAAUACAAAUAUUAAUCAAUUAUAUAGUAGACAAUUAACAGAGAAUCUUAUAAAAUUACCACCGCCAGCAUUAUCAUCACAACGACAAUGUGAACAAUUGAAUAAACGACGACAACAACAACAACGCCAACAACAACAAAAACAACAACACAGUAAAUCAUGGAAUGAUAAAAAACUUGCGCGUAAUUUACUACUAGAAGAAUGGAAAAGGAAAUCAGAUACUGUUCAACAUUUUAAACAUAUUGAGAACAUGUCACUUCCUACAAAAAUGUUUACAAUACGCUUCUGGAAUGGUAUUGAAAUAAAAUUACAUCCAUUACCUUCGGAUAAAUUAGAAGAUGUUGUACGACCACAUUUAUCUGAUUUAACUAUUCCAAUACAAUGUAUUGAUUUGGUUAAUAAAGAAUUUAUUCCAUGGGAAACUCCUACAUUACAAUUAUCAUCAAAAACAUUAUUGAUUAAAAAAAUCUAUAAGAAUAAAAUCACUUCCACUGGUAUUCAUUUGACUAAUACAAGAAAAGUAGAAAGAAGAUCAGUUCCUUUAUUUGAUACAACCUCUGAUGCACUGAAAAAUUGGUUUGAAUUUUACAAGAAAAGUAACAGUUUGAACUCAUAUUCAUUGUCUGAUCAAUUGAUAAAUGAAUGUCUAAGUGAAUUGAACCCAAAUGUGCUGGUAAAUUUACUAUCAGAGCGACAGAAAAUAUCAGACAGGAAUUCAACUACAUCUAUGCCAUUAGCUACAAGCCCGAAUUCAGAGGAAGCAAUUCGACAAAAAUCGAAUUCUUAUUCACGUUUUGAAGAUAGUCAACAUCAAAAUAUGCCGAUUAGUCAACAAUUUGAUAGUCAAGAUUUAGCUAGUCUAUUUUUUCUUGAAGAGUCAUGGGAACAAAUUGUUAAAUCAUCUUCAAAAAUGACAAAACAACAGCAGAAAAAACAAUCAGCUAUUUGGGAAUUUAUUUACACUGAAGCGAACUAUCUAAAGUAUUUACGUACUAUUAUAGAUUAUUAUUUAUCUCCAUUUUUGGAAAUACGUGAAUAUUUAUUUGAGAACUUAGAUAUUGGAUGGAUUUUUGGUAAUAUUGAAGAAAUAUUCAAAGCAAAUAUUAAACUUUGGCUACAAUAUUUAAUUGGACCAUUGAAAGAAAUUCGUCGUAAUGGAGAUGCAUUUACACCGAUCAUCUUUAAAAGUGCAAUAACACACAUUCCUGAUUUACUUAGUGUUUACAAACAAUACUAUGUGAAUCUAUCUCGUUGUCGAUCAUAUACACAAGAAGCUGUUAGACAAAGUACAAACUUUUGUAUAUUUCUUGAGUGGGCUGAUCAACAAGGUCAUGAUCAUCGUGAACCAUUAUGGGAUCAAUUAACAAAACCAACUACACGACUAACUCAAUAUCGUUUAUUAAUGGAAUCAAUACGAAAAAAUUGUUGUAAUUCUACUGAAGAACAAGAAGUCAAUGAAAUGUACAAGUCAAUCAGUGAUUUCAUUGAGGAAAUUAAUCAACAAAUGAUGACUGAAACGAAAACAUGGGAAAGUUUAGAAAUGUUGGCAUCAAAAUUAAUAUGUUGUGAUUUUUUAGACAAUAAUAUUGAUGAUUAUACACAAUUGAUUAGUGAUUAUACAAGAUUUAAAUUUUCAAUCCUUAGUCCAAUCAAAUUACCAACUCCAGUGAUUAUAUUUAAUGAUUAUAAUGCCAUACAUCAAACUAUACCUUCAUGUACAAAAUCUUUAGCAUUUUUACGUAAUCGACGUUUAAGUGGUUCAUCAUUAUUCACUUCUAAUAAUUCAAUAUCAGAUCCUCGUACUAUAUCAAAUCAUACAACAAUUAGUUGUAAUCGUAGUGAUUCCGGUAUUGGUGAUUGUAAUCAAACAAUGUCUACAUCAUCAACAAUAUCAACAGAUAAUACAUCACCGAUAUAUUUGAAACAACGUUCAAGAAUUUAUAGUUUAACUAAUCAAAUGAAUGAAUCUAAUUCAUUUCCGGUAAUGUUAUCACGUAUCUCUGAAGGUAGUGGAUUACAUAAAUCACUUUCUAUUGAUACAGAAUUAUCCGGUUCUUUUGCAUAUGAUUGGUCAGAUAUUUCUUGUAGGCGAACUAUUCAACGUACUGUAUUAUAUGGAGGAAAUUUACGAUUUAAAGAACCACCGAAUCGUUCAGUGGAAACUGUUUGUCAUAUUUUGACUGAUUUAUUUUUAAUCACUAAGCAUCAUAAGAAAGAUGGUAAUGAUUAUUGGAAAUUAUUAAAAAGUCCUAUACGAUUAGAUAAGUUGAUUAUUCAACGUGGUCGUGAAACUGGUGUUUUUGGUUGCGCAAUUCUAGAUGAUUUUCAUAAUAUUGCUAAUCUAUAUAUAUUUUCUGCUGGAUCUAAAUGUGAUGAAUGGAUUGCACAAAUUGAAUCAGCAAAGGAAAAUUAUCGUAAACUAAUGGAACCUGAAGUACUAGUUGCUCAACCAUUAAUGAAACAUCAACGCGAGGAUUUAUCUACUAUUGUUAUGUCACCAGAUUCUAUAUGUAAUUCAGAUAAUACUUCAGAGUUACAUAAUCAAUCAUAUGGAUGUAAUAAUGGUUAUUUUGUAGAUACUAUUCCUACUACUACUCACAAUAUUGAUUGUAGUAAAAAUAAUACGAUUGAAGGAAAUAAACGUAAUGUGUUCUUCCCUUCUCAAUCUUCUUUAUUUGAAAAUAUAAAUUGUAAUCAGAUCAAUAAUAAUAAUAAUCAAACAGAUUCUAUGUGUAUUAUAGAUAAACGUAUUAGAUCAAUCACUUCACCAACUAUUAUAUCGAAUCAUCAACGUUCCAGUUCUAGAUCAUGUAAUUAUACAACAAUUCAACAGGAUUCCAUUAAAAUGAUUCAUUCAAUUAGUGUAAGAAAUUUAUUCACAUCUAAUAAAUUAGAUCAUGAUCAAUUACAUUUAUCAAUCAAUAAAUUGGAUCUUAAAUCAACUCAUUCAAAAUCUAUUACAAUGUCACCAUUAAAAAGGGAUGUAGUGAAAAAAUUCUUUUUACCUAGUAAUCAAAAUGGACAAAAAUAUUAUUUAAUGAAUGAACAAAUAAAUGAAUCUAGAUCAUCAACUGAUCUAAAUGAUCAACAAUACAAAUUAAGAUCAUCUAAUAUAGAUAUACAUAAAAACAUUGAUGUAAUUCCUAAUCAUCAAUCAUCUAAAUUUAUAUCUUCAUCGAUCAAUAAUAAUCAUCAUCAUCAUCAUAAUGAGGAUUAUCAACCUUCCAUGUUGGAUAGAAAAUCUAGUCAUUCAACAUUAUCAUUAUCAUCUACAACAUCAUCAUCAUCAAAAAGUGAAAUGAAAAUUCAUCUUAAUCAACCAUCAAUAGUGAUAUGUAGAGUUAAAUCGGAUUCCCAUGAAAUAAUCAAUAAUAAUAAUACCAAUAAUAAUACCAAUAAUGAUGAUAAUAAUACUAAUCGAUAUUUACUUUCAACUAAUUUACAACGUCAAUCAGUUCAUCAAUCAUUAUUAAAUAUUGAACGAUCUGAUAGUAGUGAAGAUCAAAUUACAAUUAAAUUAUAAAUGAUUCAAUUGUUUAUAUUACAUCAUUGUAAAUUGUGCUUUUUUUUUAUUUUAAUUGAUUG